ACGUUCCUGUUGGCGGUUGAAUAGGCGGCUGCUCGUGCGGGAUCAGAGCAGUCGUAGUUUUCUACGUAGCUAGCUAGCCAGAUCAUAUUUUUUUCCUCCUGAAGACGGAGCCUGUUUGGGAACGUAUCAGGGUUCUUUUUUUGUAAACAGAAGCUUUCCUCCCUUUUCCCCUUUUUCCUGUUUUUUUUCCCCUUUUUGUUAAUUUUUUUACCCCUUCAUUAUUUGAGGAGAGAACUGCUUCACCAUCACAGACCUGGAGAAAUUUGUUUUGAUGCUUUUGAAUCAGCCUUCACCCACUGAAAGACACAAGCUUUGUGGGUCGGAUCACUGCAGGAAAUAUGAGCACAGCCAAGCCCACUGGGAUCAAAGCUCCUACCAAGAUAGCUAGACCACCUGGAACUGGAGCCCCAAAGACCAACCCACCCACAGCUAAACCUGGUGUGGCUGACAAAGCAGCUGUUGGAGAUGGCAAGAAUGCUGAAGACGAGUUCCAGAUUGGGGAGAGAGUAUGGGUGAAUGGAAACAAGCCUGGCUACAUACAGUUUUUGGGAGAUACGCAGUUUGCUCCAGGAAAGUGGGCAGGAAUUGUCCUGGAUGAACCGAUCGGGAAGAAUGAUGGGUCUGUGGCAGGGGUGCGCUACUUCCAAUGUGAAGCCCUUCGAGGGAUAUUUACACGCCCUUCCAAGUUGUCUCGCACAGAAGGUGAUGCUAAUGGGACCCAAACUGCGCCACAAAGCCGCGCACCAUCUCCCGCCCCUUCAGUCGGAAGUGUGGCCUCCCAAACCCCUGCUGCUAAAUCAACCUUGCCCUCAAGUGCUACCACCGCCAAGAAAGCCUCUUCCCCUGCACCAGCUACAGCAGAGCCUUCUAACCUGGCAAAAACAAACAGCGGCUCCGUCUCCAACCUCUCUGAGAGUGGCUCCGUCAAGAAGGGGGAAAGGGAGCUGAAGAUGGGCGAUCGUGUGCUGGUUGGUGGCACAAAGGCAGGAGUGGUGCGCUUCCUUGGAGAAACUGAUUUUGCCAAAGGCGAGUGGUGUGGCGUGGAACUAGAUGAACCUCUUGGAAAGAAUGAUGGGGCAGUGGCUGGCACUAGAUAUUUUCAGUGCCAACCUAAAUAUGGCUUAUUUGCUCCAGUUCAUAAAGUCUCACGUAUUGGCUUCCCCUCCACAACUCCAGCCAAAGCAAAAACAACAGCUCGAAAAGUAGUGACCACACCAGCCGGGCUGAAGAAAAGCCCCAGUUCCUCUUCAGUCAGCACCAUGAGCUCAGUUGCGUCCUCCGUCAGCACCAAGCCAAGCCGAACAGGCCUGCUAACUGAAACGUCAUCUAGGUAUAAUCGAAAGAUUUCGGGCACCACAGCACUGCAGGAGGCCCUGAAAGAGAAGCAGCAGCAUAUUGAGCAGCUAAUGGGUGAGAGGGACAUGGAAAGAGCUGAGGUGGCCAAGGCCAAUAGCCAUGUUGGCGAGAUGGAACAAGAGAUCAGCUUGCUCAGAGAAGACCAGGAGCAGAUGGAAUCAAAGAUGGAUCAGCUCCGUUCCCUGGUGGAAGCUGCAGAUAAGGAGAAAGUAGAACUACUAAAUCAGCUGGAGGAAGAGCGCAGGAAAGUGGAGGAUCUUCAGUUUCGAGUAGAGGAGGCUUGUAUUACCAAAGGAGACCUGGAGACGCAGACCAGACUGGAGCAUGCCCACAUUAAGGAGCUUGAACAGAACCUGCUCUUUGAAAAGACCAAAGCUGAGAAACUCCAAAGAGAGUUAGAAGACACUAGGGUUGCUACAGUGUCGGAAAGAUCCCGUAUCAUGGAACUUGAGCGAGACCUUUUACUGCGCAACAGAGAAGUGACUGGCCUGAAGCUGCGUCUUGAGAUGCAGCAGAACUCCGAGGACCCGAGCGGCACCCUGUCCCCUAUCCUGGAAGAGAACAACUCUCUUAGGGAUCAGCUUUCAGCUGAAGAAGCUAAACACCAAGAAGAGGUCGAGACAUACAGAGAAAAGCUGGAAGCGCAGGAAAAAAUCCACAGUGAGGCGGUCGCCCAGCUUCAGGCGACAUCUGUAAUGCUGUCCAGUGACAAAGAACAGCUACAGAUGCGUUUAAGCCAAGCAGAGAAGGACAAUGUUGACACCGUUGAACUGUGGCGUUCAAAGAUGGAGUCUGCCAUGGAAGAGCUGAAGGCAUCUUUGAGCAAUGGUGCAGAUGCUCAGAUAGAAGAGUUUGCAGAAACCAAAAGUGACCUGGAAAGGCUCAAGGUGGAGCAUGAAAUAGCUUUAGAAGAGGUUGCAGCCAAACACGAAGCCAAGGCCUCAGCUUUGACCCAGGAGAUGCAGGCACAGCUGUCGUCUCUGUCUGAGGAAAAGGAGCGACUGGAGGAGUCACUGCGGUCCAGUGUCGAGAAAGCAGAAGAGCAGCACCUGGUGGAGAUGGAGGAUGUCCUUGGAAAGCUUCAUGCUGCUGAAACCAGGAUAAAGGAGCUCGAAGAAAAAGAAACCAGGCUGGCACAACAGUUUCAGGACAAGGAUACAGAAACCAAAGAGCAUCAGGGAGAUAUGGCAACUCUACGCAGGCAGUUAGCACAAAGUAACCAGGAGUGUGUGGCUCUGAAGAGUCAAUUAGAGGAGCUCCAGAACCAAGGAGAUGGGAAUAGUGCAAAGGUUGUGGAACUGAGCUCACAGUUGGAGGGUAAAGAGCAGGAAGUCGUCACCUUACAGGAGAGUCUGACUACACUACAGCAGCAGAGGGACGUCAUGGACAGCGAGAUUAAAAGCCUGAAUCUAAGGCUGCGGCGAAGCACAGAGGAGCUGAAUAAAGCAGUUGAAACAAUGAAAGAAACAAUUGAGAAUCUGGUUAAGAAGAACGAACACUGCACGUCCUUAGCUAAUGAAUCAGAGACCCUAGGAAGUCAGCUUGCUGUAAUGGAGAGAAAACUGAAGUCUGCAGACGAAAAGCUUGAGCAGUUGUCAAAGGACAAGAGCAAGUUGGAAAAUGAUAUUUCAGACAUGAUGAAGGCGUCUGGUGACAAUUCAGUCCAGCUCACAAAAAUGAAUGAAGAUCUCAAGCAGAAGGAAAGGAGACUUGAGGAGUUACAGAAUCAGAUGGCAGAGGAAAAAGAGAAAAUGGCAGUUUUGGAAGAAAAGCUCCAGAAAGAGCAGUCCAGCAAAGGGCAUGAAACCAGUGCUCUUCAGGAGAAGAUAAUUACCUUGGAAAACGCUCUUAAACAAAGUAAGAGUCAGGUUGAGGAUUUGAAGGCCUCACAUGAGAAAUCCCUCUCUGAGGCCUCCAAGCUCCAUUUGAAGGAAUUCGAGAUUCUGCAAACACAAUUUGGUCAGUUGAAGAUGGAGCUUUCCUCCUCCAAGGACAAAACUCGAGAGCUGGAGAAAACUGUGUCUGAGCUGCAGACAUACAAAGAACAGGCCCAGCGGCUUUCUGCUGAGCUUGACACCUACAAGCGUGAUGUUGACAAUAUGUCAAAAAAACUGGAUAAACAGAGUCUUGAUCUGGAAAACAUGUUUAAGCAAAGUGAAGAUCAUAAAGCUGAGAAAGGCAAUCUGGAGAGGCAGCUUUCUGAGAUGCAAAAUAAAGUUUCUGUCACUGAGAUUAGUUGCAAGGAGGUUUCAGUGCAGAAUGAAGAGCUGCUGGCAACUAAUGACAAACUCUCAAAACUUCAAGAGGAAUUACAGACCAAUACCAAACAUUUAGAUGAAGAGAGGACUUCCCUGAAGAAGGAACUGGAGAAUCUCAAACACCUGCUGCAGGAAGCAGAGACCGAAAACAAAGACCUGCAUCGUGGUAAAGGUGAAUAUUUGACUCAAAUUAAGGAGCUUCAAAGAGAAAAUGCUGAGAUGAAUGACUCUGUCUUAAAGCAUCAGUUGGACAUCCAGCAAACUGAGUCUAAAAAGAAGCAGCUGCUUGAGGAUUAUGAAAAUGUUUGCAAAGAGAAGAGCCGGCUGGAAGAGGACCUCAAGGAAACGGAGUCAAAAUUCACCAGUGAAAGAGACGAUCUGAUAUUAGAACGUGAUUCUGCCAAAAAUGCUCGGAAGUCUCUUGACACUAAAAAUGCUGAGCUGCAGGCAAAAGUGAAGUCAUUGAAUUUAAAAAAAGAAGAUCUUAAGAUGAAGAAUGUGCAGCUCCAGACUCUGGUAGAAACCCUGACAAAUGAGAAAGCCGAGUUGUCAUCUGAAGUCGGUGCUGCUGCUUUGGAGAAAAAGAACCAAGAGAUGCAGAAGGAGGAACUCCAAAACAAACUCUGCCAAACCAAGAGAGACUUGGAGAGUCAAAUUCGUGAAUGUGAAGAGCUUAAAGCCUCUAAAGCCAGCUUGGCCCAGAUGCUUGAAGAAUUUAAGACAAACAGUCAAGUGACAGAUUCUGAAAGGCUUACCUUGUUGCAGGAGAAAGAAGACCUGCUUGCAUUCCAGAGGAAAGUGUCUGGGGAGAAAGACGACCUUUUCAGAGAGCUGCAAGAGCUGAAGGAGAAACUCCAUGUCCUGACGGAACAGUUGUCCCUUUCUCAUGAAAAAUAUAAUGCGGCGUUAUCAUCUUUUGAGCAGGAGAAACAAGCAUUGCGUCUACAGAACUCCGAAAUGGAGAUGACACUUCAUGACUUGCGUAAAGAAAAGAUGAGCCUGGAUUCAGCUCUUGAGCAGCAGAAGAUGGAUUUUGAGCGUUUGGAGGAGGAGAAGGGAGAGUUGGAAGGAAAGUAUACCAAGGCUUUAUCUGAGAAGGACACUCUUUCUGUGGAGCGUGAGAAGCUCGCUGGUGAUAAUCGCACAACUCGGGGCCAGUUAGAUGGUUAUAGCAGAACCAAUGCUGACCUUCUUCAACAGAAGAGUCAUCUGGAAAAAAAGCUUGAAGAAACUAAGCAUCAAAAAGAUGAGCUGGAAGCCAAGAUCACCACUCUGGAACGAGAAAAGACUGACCUGCAGAAUAAACUGCAGAAGUAUUGCUCUGAUAUUGAAAUUCUGGAAAAGACCAAAAUUGAACUUGUUGUUGAUCGUAAUAAAGUAAAAGCAGAGUUUGAGAAGUCCAACUUAGAGCUUUCUCAACAGGUAGAUAACCUUAAAAAGGAUCAUCAUCAUCUUCAGUCUCUGCAGACCGAAGCUGAGCAGAAAGUCCAUUCUUUCCAGGAGGAGAACCAAGUUCUGCUGCAGGAAGUCCAGGAGUUAAAAAAACAGAUAACAUCUCUGUCGGAGGCGAAGGACCUGCUUGAGACGACUCUACAAGCUGAAAACUGUGAAAUCACUAAAGCAAAAGCUGACAAAGAUGGUUUGUCUAAGCAAAUUGAGGAACUUCAGAACACUUUGUCCAAAGUAAUGCAGGAAAAUGAUAAAAUAUCUUUUGACCGCAAGAAUGCUGAUGAACAAAAUAAGUCUUUUAAAGCAGAAAUGGAAUCUCUGAAAGGACAACUAAAGCAGCAAAAGCAAGAAAACCAUCAAUUGGGCCAAGAUAGGGAACAGCUGUCAACUAGGCUUGAGGAAAUGGGCAAACAGAUGACUCUAUUGACAUCAGUGAAGGAAAAGCUUUUGGCUAGUCAGUCUGAACUGAAGCAGGAAACAUCUUCGCUUUGCGCCAAAAAAGAAACAUUACUCGCUGAACAGUCGGAGCUUCUUCAAAAGGUGGAGUGUUUGCAAGCAAGCAACAAACAGCUGCAGGCUGAACUCCAGGCCCAAAAGAUUGUGAACGAAAACUUAGAAAAACAGUACAAGAGUGCUCUCGAGGAGGUGUCUGCGUCUGCUGUGGUGAAAGAAGAAAUAUCCUCCAGCGUUACUCAGCUGUCGGCUCAGAAGGACACCCUGCAGGCUGAGAGGGAUGAAGCCGUCCAGCAAGUCAGGGCGCUCGAGUUGCAGCUAAAUAACGCUAUUUCUAAGCAGCUUGAGGCUUCUGGUAACGCCGCUGACGCUCUAGAGCAGCUCGUAAAGGAGAAAGAGGCUUUGCUGAAGGAAAAAAACGAAGCUCAGUCAUUGGUGGAAGCACUGCAGCGCUCCAAGGACGAAACUCAGACUCAGCUGGAAACUCUGAGGAAAGGGAAUUUAAAGUAUCAAGAAGACCUGAACACAUCCAAAGAGCAGCUUUGCACAGAAACACAGAGGCUGAAGAGUCUUUGCCAGGAAGUUGAGGAGCUUAAAGAAGCAGCAUCUGUGACGUCGCAGACUCUACAGAUGCUUCAAGAGGAAAACAAAAGGCUGUCUCAGGAACUGGCAAACAAUCACAAAGACCAGGGAGAUCUGGUGAGGCUAACUGAUGAGCACUCAAAACUCAAGAAAGAGUCGGAAGAGUUGAAACAAAGCCUGCCAAAUAACAUCUUCAGUGAAAACGCUCUGAAGGAGCAGCUGAGUAGAGAGAAGGUCGCCCUCCAGCAGUCCAUUCAUAAAAACAGUGCCUUAGUUGCAGAAAAGGACCAGCAGGUGGAGAAACUGAAGAGUGAGUUGGUUGCAGUGCGGGAAGAAAGUGCCUCUAUAAAGACGCUCCAGAAUACAAUCGAGACUUUGGAACAGGAUAAAGCUAAUCUACAGGAUCGCGUAAAGAGACUGGAGAAGGACCUCGCUGUCAGGCCUGAUAUCAGCCUGACCUCAGGAGAUGCCGUUUUGGACCAACUGAGAGAAGAUAAGGAGACUGCAGAGAGUCAGGAAGCGGUUGAGUUCUUGAAUUCAGUUAUUGUCGACCUCCAGAGGAAGAAUGAAGAGCUCAAAGACAAACUGGAGAAAAUGGCAGCUGCUGCCCUCAAUGGGAAUAGUCCGAGUGAAUUGGAUAAUAAUUAUGACAAGCAGCCAGAAAAGAAGAAACCUCCUCCGAGGAAGUUCUGCGACAUUUGCGACUGCUUCGAUCUCCACGAGACGGAAGACUGCCCGCUACAGGAGCAGAUGCCCGACUCGCCUCCUCACACCACCUACCACGGCAGUAAGGGUGAAGAGCGGCCAUACUGCUACACCUGCGAGGUCUUCGGGCACUGGACGGAAUCCUGCACCGACGACCAGACCUUCUAAAGCCUUCCUAAAACCGUCGUUCGCACAAUCAAUACAUUUGCACAUCUUGUUGGUCGCGCCGUUCUUUUCCGGGUCUUAGCUUGUAUGUAUCUCUCAUGCUUGUUUUUGCCAAGCAUAUUUGCUGUCCACACUUGCCUUGUAGAAGAAGGCAUGUUUCCCGAACGUUGAGGCAUCCCAGAAGUUACAGAAAGUUGCAGCUGUUUGUCAACUGGAAACGGCUCUGGACCGGGAAUGUUUAGCAUCCUGGUUCUGAAUGGGUGAAGAGGCGAGCUUCAGUUUAGCUAAUUUAUCAAUAUCCGACCGCUGUUUGCACAGAUUGUCAGGGGCUACAGAGAUACUAUAUUAUCUUAAACUAUGUGUAUUUGAAACUGUAAAAUACUUGAUUGAAAACAGUUUUGAGCAACAAAAAAAAAAUUGAAGAGUUAUAGUUUAUUUUUUUAUGCCUGGAAAUAGUAUGUACUCUUUAAAAGGUUUAAUAAUGUAACUUUGUGUGACGGAGACAGUCUGGAGCAGAGCGGUGAAACCCGGAGCUCUUUGGCUCCAAUCGGUUUAACUUUCUGUGGUCCUUUUCAAAUGAAUGCUGGGAAAUUUAUUAAGAUUCUCACUUACUGUAAACCUUUGAUUCCUGUUAUUAUGGCCUUUUCAAGAAGUUUCUAGUUAAUUAAGCUGAUUUCCUUUUGCAUCAAUGAAUACUUUGACAUUUUUGAUAAGUUUUAAAUGUCUAUGAAAAUAAAGUUUAUGGAUGAAUAAAGUGUCUGCAUGCAGUCAUGAACAGUAA